GAUUGUGUGUGGAGGCGGGACGCGGCUCAGUGUGUGUGUGUCUGCAGCCUGAUUAACACACACCGGCCUCCUGCUCCAUCACACACACACACACACACACUGAACACACUCUGAACUCUUGUUUUAAACUUUUAACCCUUUGAAUCCCGCACCAUGGACCUGGACCCGGCCGUCCUCAUCCCCGCCAUCAUCUUCACGGUGGUCGCGGUUUAUUUCGCCUAUUCGUUCCUGAGCCAGAAGCAGCGGGCCGCCGCGACCUCCGCAGCCGACAAAAAGAAGCCCAAAGUCGGCUACGGAGACGAGAUCCCCCCGUCCAGAGCGCUGGGCCAGCCGACCCUGGAGAAGCCUGAACCAGAACGAGUACCAGCACCAGAACCAGUUCCAGAACCCGUCAGAGCUCCAGAGCCCGCCCCAGAACCAGUCAAAGAACCAGAACCAGUUACAGAACCAGAACCAGUAUCAGCCCCAGAACCAGUUAGAGAACCAGAGCCAGUAUCAGCCCCAGAACCAGUCGAGGUACUAGAGCAUGUGCCAGAACCAGAACUUGUCCCAGAACCAGUCGCAGCUCAGGAAGUUUCUGCUGUUCCAGAACCUGUCCCAGAGCCAGAACCUGUAUCAGUACCCGAACCCGUCCCAGAGCCAGAACCCGUAUCAGUACCAGAGCCGGUCCCAGAGCCAGAACCCGUAUUAGUACCUGAACCUGUCCCAGAGCCAGCUGUGGUCCCAGAACCAGUACCGGAGCCCGAAGCUGUCCCAGAACCAGCGGCGGUGCCAGAGCCAGAGCCCGUGGUCGAGUCUGAACCGGUCUCUGAACCGGUCCCGGAGCCUGAACCUGAACCCUUACCCGAGCUGCUCCUAAGUCCCACAGAACCUGCUGUAGAGGAGUCACCAGAACCAGAACCAGAACCAGAGACCGUCCUGAGCAACGAUGUGGCCGAGGCUGAGGAGAAGGUGAAGUUCACUCCUGGGAAGAAACAGAGCAAGUUUGAGACGAUGAUGACGAAGGAGGAGAUCGAGGAGGAGCAGAGGAUAGAGUUUACCUCUGACUUUACGUCUUUAUAAUGAACCUCAGACACUCAGAGUGUGAGGAACAGGAGAGUUCCUGAAUGAUUCACACGGAGUUCCGAACCUUUAUUUUGAAAAAUAAAUAGGAAGAAGAAGAAGGAGAAGAAGAAGACGUCGUUAUUUGACUUUAUUGUGAAUAUUAAACGUGUUUCAGGAUUUGAAGCUGCGUGAAGUGAAACGUUAAAAUAUUUAACUGAUGAAAAGUUUUCAGCUGUUUGAGCUUCAGUUUCCUGUUUAAACUGCAAUAAAUAAUAAGAAUAAGAAUAAAUAAAUGUGUGAAACCAAACAGAAUCUGUGGUUUUUGUUCCAGCAGAAUUUUUUUAUUAAAAUGAAAUGAAAAUAAGAGAAACAUGCGACAAGAAACAUUUCAGCUACUGCAAUUUAUUUCAUUUACUUAUUUUUAUUUAACUCUUGCCUUCUCUGCUGCAUCUCA